AUGAUCUUUUAUACCUGUGACGUUGGUUGCUUAGUACGAAACAUAAGCCAGCGGUGUACACACCAGCAGCAGCAGCAGCAGCAGCAGCAGCAGCUGCAGAGGGCAAGUGGAGCGAGAACUUCGUUACUGUUUACCUACCAACCAACCCCGUUCCCGCCGACCUACCUACCGACCGACCGAACGACCUACCAAUCGACAGUCAGACAACAGGUGUACAGUCAGUCGAAGGAGAAGGGAACACAUGGCAACGGCAACGGCAACACGAUCGUUUACGUUUGCUCGUUUGCAGACGCGGACGGCUUUGGCGACUCGGCUGGCAUUGCGAAAGUCAGCGCGCUUGCUUCGUGA